AUGGAGGCUUUCGAGAGAAUAUACCUGGAUCUUUCAAAGCAGCCGGGCAAAUGCCGCCUGGCCGAAGCUGGGCUGGGGUGGAAGCCCUCAGGUGGGGGUGACACAUUUACCCUAGACACGAACAACUUGGGGACAGCACAGUGGAGUCGUGCAGCUAGAGGAUAUGAGCUCAAGAUCAUGUCCCGAACCUCUGGCGUCGUACAGCUCGAUGGCUUUGAGCAAGAAGACUUCGACCGCGUCGCUAAGGCAUUCAAGCUGUUCUACGGCAUCAAUCUAGAAACUAAAGAGCAUGCACUACGUGGAUGGAAUUGGGGCAAAGGUGAAUUUGGCAAAGCUGAGCUUGCGUUCAACGUCCAGAACCGUCCGGCCUUUGAGAUCCCGUACUCUGAAAUCUCCAACACCAAUCUCGCGGGAAAGAAUGAGGUGGCGGUGGAAUUCUCGUUACCAGCAGGGGGCAACGAGACGGGCACAAACGGGCACCUUGGAGGAGCACGAAGCAGGGGCCGUAAAGCUGGUGCGGCAAAAGACCAGUUGGUGGAGAUGCGGUUCUACAUUCCCGGAACCGUCACGAAGAAAGAGAAGGAUGAGGAUGGUGAAGAGAAGAGCGUCGAUGGGGAUGAGGUCGAAGAGCAGAACGCUGCCAGUCUGUUCUACGACACUCUAAUGGACAAGGCGGAGAUUGGGGAGGUUGCUGGAGACACGUUCGCAACAUUCCUGGAUGUACUACAUCUGACACCAAGAGGACGUUUUGACAUCGAUAUGUACGAAAACUCGUUCCGGUUACGUGGAAAGACCUAUGACUACAAAAUCCAAUACGAGCACAUCAAAAAAUUCAUGCUCCUCCCAAAGCCGGACGACUUACACACCUUGAUCACUAUCGGACUGGAUCCGCCUCUGAGGCAGGGCCAAACGAGAUAUCCUUUCCUUGUAAUGCAAUUCAAGCGGGAGGAGGAGGUUAUCAUUGAGCUGAACAUGACCGAGGAAAUGCUGGAGGGGAAGUACAAGGACAAAUUGAUGCCCCGUUACGAACAACCACAGCAUAUGGUCGUUGCUCAGGUGUUCCGUGGUCUGACUGGGAAACGAGUUGUCACACCGUCGAAAGACUUCUCGAGCCACCAUCAACAAUCUGGGGUUAAAUGCAGCAUCAAGGCAAACGAAGGGCACCUAUUCUGCCUCGACAAAAGCUUUAUGUUUGUCCCAAAGCCAGCAACAUACAUAUCCUUCGAUACAAUUUCGGUGAUUGUCAUGUCACGAGUUGGUGGCGCCAUAUCCGCAAGUAGGACUUUUGACAUCACAAUCACUACAAAGAACGCCGGUGGGGAGCACCAGUUUAGUAAUAUCAAUCGAGAAGAGCAAAAGCCUCUAGAAGAUUUUUUCGCAGCCAAAAAUCUCAAAAUCCGUAACGAGAUGCUCGACGAUUCCUCUGCUCUCAUUCAAGCCGCUCUCAACGAGGCUGAUAUCAAUUCCUCGGAGGAAGAAGUCGUUGCUGCCCGCGCCGACCGUGGCUCAGCUGACGAAGACGACGAGAGCCUCGACGAAGACUUCCAAUCUGAUUCGGACUCCGAUGUGGCCGAAGAGUAUGACUCGGCACACGAGAGCAGUGGGAGUGACGAGGAGAUGGCGGAUGCGGAUGGCGGGAAAGGCAGCGAGGAUGAGAGAGCGGCGGAGCCCAAGAAAAAGAAGGCCAAAACAGCCAAGUGA